AAAAGAAACCAUGCUGGAAAUACCCACUACUUUUGAUCAACUUCUCAAGCCCUUUCUGGGAAUCCUCUCACCACCUUCAUUCCCAAAAUGCCCCUCUUCUGCCCUUUCUUUAGUGCUUUCCUUGUCUGGGCGAGUGGGAUGAAUCAUGGGCGCUUGUUUGAUCCUGAGUUGCUGUUGAUUUUGCAGCAAAGUUUGGAUUUUUAAUCGGUUUUGUGGUGUGUUUUGGCUCUGUUUUUGAGAAGAUAGAGUGACUAGCGGAGUUGUGUAUUGAUGCAUGAAUUUGAUUGAUCAUCAGAGAAUUCAGAGAAAUUUUGGUCUUUUAGUGCAGUUCUGGAGAAAAAGGUUGUAAAUAGGGAGAGAUUUUGAAGUUUAGAAGUUUGGAGAAUUCAUUUGGGAUUGGUUCUUUGAUUCAGUAUGGCGAAGAAAUCACGGAAACGAUCCAAGAAGGAGAAUGCUGGUUGCAUGUGGGGUUUCAUUAGCUUGUUUGAUUUUCACCGUAGCCAUGCCCCUCGAAGAUUGCUUUCUGAUCGAACACAAGGAAGUGGUAAGCAUUUGGACAAUGGAUUUUCUGGGAACAAAUUUGAGCUGCUCAGUGAUGCUGAAGAAAGGCAAGAAGGUUUCGAGGAAAAUGAAAUAAAUGAAGACGGAAGAAUUGAUGCAAAUAUGGCAAGUGUAAAAUCACUUAUGGAGGAUGAGAUGUCGAAACCGCAAGCGGGGAGUACAACAGAAGUGGGGUUUGAACGACCGAGAACAAAGUUGGGAUACCAUACUGAGAAAAAUCGGAAGAAAACAGGCAAGAAUUCUAAGGUGGUAACUGAUCUUCUUUUGAAUGACUUGAAGGAUUUGGCUAACCUUGACUCACAUCAAUCUCGGCAAUCAAAUUCAUAUGAAGGAUCUUUCUCUGACUCUGACUUUGCUUCAUUUAUGGUUGAUUUCUAUGGCAAUACACGUCAAGUGGCCGAAAAGCGUGUUAAUUGCAAUCCUUCACUUGAAAGUAAUUGCCUUCCGGAGCAUGAUUCUGAGCUGGUUGAAAAGUUGUCGGUUAUUCAGAAGGCUUUGAGUGACGUAGCUGAGGCAUUUCUAACUCAAAAGCUUGUUGAAGCAAAGCGAGUCAGUGAAAAAGGAUCUGUGUGUCAGUCAAAACAGUUUAUCAAUGCAUUAGAGACACUGAAUGCAAACAGGGAGUUAUUCCUAAAGCUUGUACAGGACCCGAACUCGGUUUUGUUGAAACAUAUACAAGAUCUUCAAAAUGCUCAUGCCGGAAUGUUGUCUGAGUUCGACUUGUGUAAAAAUGAUAUGCUUGGAGAAGAUGUUGGCAGUUCAGCACAAUCUGAAGGAUCUGUCAGACAAAAUGGGCACAGUUUCUUUAGGAAGAAGGAGAAGCCGAAGGAGAUAAAGCAACAAUCUUUAAACAGGAUCAUUGUUCUAAGGCCGAACUCAUCAAUUACUCAAAAUCCUUCGAUUACGAUGACUCCAAACUCUCCCCCUAGAGAUAGUAGAAAACACCGGGAAGUCAGUGAAAGAGUUGGGUCAUACUUCUCUCUUAAAGAAAUCAAACGAAGGUGGAAAAAUGUCAUUGGUGAUAACAAGGAAAGGCGUUCGAUAUCUAUGGAUGGUGUUCUGCAUAAAAUUCCAUAUGGACAAAAGAGUAUGGAGAAGGCAGUCCCUAGCAAAAAUUUUUCUGACGCUAAGCGCACUUCUCCUAAACCUUCCAUUGUUGCCAUGAGAAGAGACAAGAUCAAAGGAGAGUCUGGCAGUGUUUCGAUGAGGAUCACUGAUUAUAGAGAACCUUCAUUCUACGCCGAAGCCAAAAAGCAUAUGGUUGAGAUGCUCAACUCUGAUGAUGAUAAAAAGACCUUCCAAUUGAAAAAAACUCCAAAAUCCUUAGGAAGAGUACUUUCUCUUCCAGAAUUCUCGACAUAUAAGAGAUUCAGUCCUUUUCAAGAAGAGUUAUCACCUCGAGGUAUGAUGCAUUCCCCCAAACGCCAAACCAAGAAGGAAAAUGCUGUCACUGGCAUUCAAAUUCAAUCAGAUGCCGAGAAAGCCGUCCUUGAAACUGAUAAGCAAGAUGGAAAUACGGAGAUCGUAGAAAUGAUCAAUGAUGAACGUAAAGUAGAGAAUAAUCAUUUUGAUGAAAGUGUUGAAUUGAAUGAUGCUCAAAUAAAAGAGUCCUCGAAGGAGAUGCCCAGUUAUCUGGUGAUACAUAAUGCUGAAACUCCGGAGAAUUUGAUGGAGAAGUGUGAUCGGCCAAGUCCGGUGUCGGUUCUUGACCAAUGCUUCUCUGAAGACAUCAUAAGCCCUCAUAGUACAUCAGUUGAAUAUGAUUCACAACUGCAACUUGAAGAACAUGCUCUAGGAACUAGUUUGGAUGACAAGGAAAUCAGGGACGCAUUCAUUAAAGCUGUGAUUGAAAAGUCUGGCCUUAGCUAUGAUGUAAUAUCAAGUCGUUUGCUUGAUCCAUCCUUGCUCGAUGAAAUCGAAAUCAUGUACAUUCAGUUAAUUGAUGAUCCACAGCUUCUCUUUGAUUGCAUCAAUGAAGUUUUGGUCGAGAUAAAUCAGAGAUACUUUAGUUGCUCACCUUGGAUGUCUAUAGUACAGCAUGAAGUCCGGCCAAUCCCCAAAGGAAUGAAACUCAUACAAGAAGUGUGCAAAGGUGUUGAGUGGCAUAUGAAAUUACAGUUUCCGAUGACGCUGGAUCAGUUGGUAGGGAAGGACAUGGACCGCAGGGACUGGAUGGACCUUCGGCUUGAAACUGAAAACACAAUUACUGAAGUCGGAGAUAACAUUGUCGAGUUUCUAAUGGAAGAAACUAUACUUGAAUUGUGGACAUGAAGUCUCACUGUUUUUUUCUUUACUUUGGUGUUCUUUGUGUGUAGUCUGAGUUUUAUACAAAAAUGAACAUCGUCAAAUACAGUUUAACAGUUGUGCUAAUUUUCUUGGUUGUGUGUUUAUUCUAAAGAAAAUUUACAGCAGUUCACAAUUCAAUGUUUCAGAGAGUAUGCAGAUUAAAAAAACCUUGAGUUGUCUUAUUGCCUUUUUUUUCUGCA